AUGUCUAAGAGAGCUACUUUGGACCACCUUUCCAUUGAUAUCCAGAAGGCUAGAGAAAACCCCAGAACUCCUAGAUUUUAUAAAAUGUUUGAAAAAUCUAAAACUCUCUUGGAAAGAACUCAUCUAGGUCCAUCUUUAAUUAUUGACUACCGGAAAAGGAAUAUAAGUCACGAUUCAAAAAUUAAGGAAGGAACAAGGAAGCAUAAUGAUUUCGAUACUCCUGAUCAAAAGCAGAUCUUUGUGUCAAGUUCAGAUAUUGAAAAGAUCUGUGAGAAGUAUAGCAUCAUUGGAAUUUCUAAAUCAUCUCAAUUUAUCCCUAUUGAUUACAAGCAGAAGGAGGGCCAUACCUCUCAGCAUUCAAAAAUGUGGAGGCAGAUGUUGAGAUAUAUCCAAGAUGAUUCUGAUUCAAAUGCACUUUCAAAAAUAAUCUUAACAAAUCAUUGCAAGAAGAAGAUCCUGGAGACAAUUCGAAAUUGAAAGACUAAAUAUAAAGAGCAGUCUAAGGGAGGCCAUCGAACUCCCAGCAAGAAGUUUAUGCUAAUGGAUAAAUUUACUACUUUCAAAGAAUUUACGUUCCAAGAAUUAGUAUACCCUCUUAUCCAGGAAUGAGACCCUACUAAAGAAAAUGAAAUAAAACUCUUAUUACAGUUAAUUUGUGAUGAAAAUUACUACUAUGAAUUAAAGAGAACUUUUAAAAAGCCUUAUAAGCUUAAAUAACUCUAAGAAAAAAUUCUGGAGGUAUAAUGGACCAAUAAAAACGUAUUUUUCCAAUACCAGGAACCAAGAAGACCAAGAAAAAGUGUUAGAGAAGAUCCGCAUGGAGAAGCUCAAGCUUAAAUAAACAACGGAUGUUAGAGAAACUACGAAAGAAGCAGAAUAAGGUAAUGUCUCUAUACGAAAUCAAUCGACACAAGAGAAUGAUCCAAACAGCAGAGGAUAAUAAAGCCAGGAUGAAAGAAGCCCUUUUUAGUAAAAAUAAGUUAAUUAAGAAGAAAAGUUCAAGACGGCAAAGUAAAUUAAUAUGGAACAAGAGUUUCAAUACUCUUCCUGUCUCUGAAGCUAGUGAGAAAUAAGGAAGAAGAUGAGCCUCCAAGAAUUAAUUUUAAGAAAUCAAUGGAUUUUCUAGAUCAUUCUACAGAAAAGAUGUCUCAAACUUUAACAAAAAUAAUCAGACACAAGCGAAAUAGGAAUAGUAUUGGAUUCACUAUAAGAGGCCGAUCACGACUUCUAACUUUGCGGUCUAGCUUACAGAGUAAUUCAAGAAAGCGGAAACCGAAGAAUAAGAAUAAACAAAUUUCUAUGAGCAAAAGGAGCAAUCCCUUAAACAUCACCACUUAUGACCAUGUGUUCCCGAACAGAGAUGCAAGUGGGCCAGAACAUCUUCUGAAUAACUCAUUUUUCACAUAA